CACAUAAGUACAUCUUAAUUAUGCACAAUAUAAUGAUGUUCAAUCCUGUUGGGACUAACAUAUAUAAUGCAUAACUAUAAUUAAUUGAGGGACCAUUACUGUUGCGAAUCAUAAGCCAAAUGUACUGCACUAUCAACAUACACACAUACAUGAAUCAUGGAGAUCGCCCUCUUUAAUUUCCCCCCAGAGGAGUAUGCCUCAUGUUUCUGCUUACCUUAUUUCUAAUGGUUUGUUUUGACACCUUUUCCGAGAUGAUUUCUAUUCUAAGGUUGUGUGAAAACCGCGGGUGCACGUCAUUCCAUCCACUCAUUGCCUUGCAGAUCCCCGUAGUUUGCCGGCUUCUCUCCUUUCUCGAAACCACUCUCUUCGAUCAGUGCUUCAAACUAUCCUCCUUUCGCCUUGAAUCGGAGACCCCCCAGAUACACUUAGCUCUUUCUUAUCUUAUUUACUGGUUACUUUUUUUUUUUAUUGUUGAUUAUUUGUAGAAAGUAGAUCUUCCGGAGAUUUUCAAGAGUCUCGACACUGAACCCCA